AUGGGCAGCGUGAUAAUGGUCUACAUUCCCUACACUACAACCAGCUAUCCUGGCAUUCAAAAUGUUGACAUUGAGAUGUUGUCAAUGUUGCCCGAACAAGAUCUCAGACCCAUAUUACCAUGCCUGGUCAGGAUGUCUCUAUGUUCUCCUUUGGACAAUAGUUCGGCAUGGACUGCUAAACGAAAAUUAAUUUUAAAGUGCUUAUCUGGUAUUGAGAUAGUAAAUAAUUUGGUAAGUUUGUUGUCAAUUGAUUUUCAUGAUCUAGAAAUUGCCACUAAAGACCGUCAGUUAAAACUUGGUAACAGUUCAAGAGAGUCAUUGGUGAAUGGUCAGGUAAAUCAAGGAUUAGCUUUAGAAUUUGAAAGGUCGGAAGCUCCGAGAAAGUUGAGGUUUUUACUGUCAGAAAUGUUGUCCAUAACUGCCCAAGUGGCAGAUCAAAAUGACAAAUUUUUAGAAAAAUCUUCAGAACUAUUUGAAACAGAAAUUUAUUUAGAUGAAGUGUCUGAUGUUCUUUGUAUUACACAAGCAGAGCUUCCUCACUUGUUGCCUAUGUUGCAAGUUGCUGAAGCAUUACUGCAUGUAAAAAAUGGAUCGUGGUUGUUAUGCCGACUGGUAGCCAACACUCCUGAAUCAUUCUUGGAUGUUUGUAGACAUCUGGUGUCACUUGGACCUAGACAAGAUUUUGAUUCAGUGGAAAGCCAAAGAAGAUGUGAUGCACUGUUAGCUCUUUGCGAUAUCUGUCCAUCCCAUAUGCUCACAGUCAGAUCUAUGUGUCUGGAAAAUUGUAAGUUGCCUGAUUUAGCUCUACAGUUAACACUGAACUACAAUGAAGAACAUUGGGUGGAAGAUAGUUUACAAAAUAUCCUAACAUUUAUGUGUGGAAUCUUGCUCGAUAGUGAUUUGAGUAGCAGAAGUUGGUUUUCUCAAUACAUCAGGCUGUGUGACAAAAAGAAAGAUUUUCAUUCAGCUGUUUCUGUCAUGCGUGAAAAGUUAUUAAACGAAAUGUGCAUUAGUUUGCUAUCAGCACAUGAAUUGACUACUGAUGACAUGCUUGUCAAAGCUUGCUCAAUUAUUAGACUAUACAGUACUUUGAAAUGUGUUGCAGGAUUGAAAUUUUCCGAAAAGGAAAACAGCACAUUGUUGAAACUGGUACUUAAAAAAUCUCCAACAAGUAAAUCUGGCAUGAGAUUCAUAUCACUUGGCCUGUGUAUGUUGUUGGCAUGCCCACAUUUGCUGGUGACUGAUGAAGAAGAAAAGAAUGUCAUAUCAUGGUUGAAGUGGCUCCUUGAUAUAAGUGACGAUUAUGAAAUUUUAUAUGAUGGGGAAUCUUCAUUUGGAGAGAUGUUGCUUCUGUUGGCUAUUCAUUUUCACAGUGGCCAGAAUAAUGCCAUUUCAGAGCUAGUUAGUGCCACAUUAGGUAUAAAAUGCCCCACCAAGGCAAGUGCACUCAUGCGACUGAAAUCCAUUUUCACUGUUAAAGUUUUUAAUGAACAGGUUGUAGCUGCUCAUGCUAUAAAAGUUCAGGUUACUAAAAACCUCAGUCGCAACAUCAAAGGUUUCCUCCCCAUCCACUGUAUUUAUCAAUUAUUAAAAAGUCGAACAUUCUCCAAAUAUAAAAUAUCAAUUAAAGACUGGAUAAGUAAGCAAAUGAGGGAAUGCAAAUUUCCUAUCCAUCCUAUAUUAAGACUGUUGAUCGAUGCCUACGUCAACUCAAUAUUGCUACCCAGCACAAAAUCUGAUAGAUCUAACGAGCCAAUUUCAGAAACAAAUCUUGCAAACGUUUUUCAAAAAGAUAGUUAUUCUUUGCCUGUUAAAUUGGUACAUUUGUAUUACGUUAUGUUCUACCAAGAUGUUCUUAUGACUAACAUGAACACAUUGCAAUCAUCUAACAGACCAUUUGUUAGUUAUUCAUCUUCAUUCGUCAACAACAUACCUGUCAAAUUUCUUAUGCAAUCUGCCCAAACAAAAAGUUCUCAAAUGGCAGGCAUGUUUUCAAAUUUGUUGGGGUUGGUAGCCAUCCAUCAACCACAUCUGUGCAACGCUUAUGACUGGUUGUGCUGUCAGGAUGUCGAUGAUUCUCUUACAACAAAUUUCAAGUUGGAUAAAACAUCUAAAAUUGUCAUCAGUCCGGAAUCGUUGCAGAAUGCACUCAAGCUUCUCCCAUUUAAUUACAGCCAAUGUUGCUUGAUUCUCGAAGAAUUGUCAACAUAUCAGGCUGCAGAACUAAUAAACUACAAAGAAAUUUUCAUUAACGAUUUGUUGUUAUUUCUUGAUGACUGCACCCCAAGAAGAUGUCAAGAUUUAAUUUUAAUCAUCUGGAACACACUAAAUUCAUAUUGUCCUGAUUUAAAAACGUUGACAGUGAAUGCUUUGAGUUACAAAACAGAUAACCUUGGUACUAGUUAUUAUAAAGAGGAAGAUUUAGUUACAGACCCAUUAAUUGUUCUUCGUUGUGACACUCGAGUUUUCAGAUGUCCACCUCUCAUGGAAGUUCUUCUACUGAUAUUAAAUUGUUUUUUGCACAUGUCAAAAACAUUUCUAAGUAAUCAUAUAUUUGGCACUCCAGUUUUGGACAGUAACAAAGUCACUGGUGCAAGCGACAGAGAAGAACUUCGAGUGGCUUUAGUAGCUGCUCAAGAAAGUGCUGCUCUUCAGAUUUUGCUAGAAAGUUGUCUGCCGCUCUCUGUUGAUCAAGAAAAAAAUGAACUGCUAUUAUCAAAUAAAAGAGAAGUUCAGUGCUUAGUAUGCUCCCAUAUACAUCAAAAAUUCAUUUCGGAUCCUAGUUUAGCUAAGCUGAUACAUUUCCAAGGUUACCCUUUGCAACUGAUUCCCAUAACUGUUGCUGGUAUAUCUUCAAUGCACAUAUGCCUUGAUUUCCUUCCUGAACUGAUAGCACAACCUCAACACAACAAGCAGUGCUUUGCGAUAAAACUGGUGUCUUAUCUUAGUCUCCAAUAUCCGGUACCCAAAUCUCUAUCUGUAGCAAGAUUGUGUGUAAAUGUUAUGAAAACUUUGUUGUCCGUAUUAACGAGUGAGCAGAGGCCUGCUUUUUACGUCAGCACUCUUCCUGACUUGGUUCGGUUUUGUACUGCAUUUCCUGUUAUUACUGAUGACACUCUGCAUUUUCUCAAUCAACUCGGAGCAAUAGUAAGAUCGGAAAUAGCGGUCAAAUUUGACAGUUUGAAUUCGAUGAUGAUUCUUUCUAAUGACGGUUGUGAGGAUUUCGAUGAACAUUCAACAUACACGAACAAUUUAGAUUCUGCGCCUGUUAACGAUGUUAUGUUAUAUAAACGCAUUUUAAAAACAUUUGACGAAGUCGUUGGUGCAACAAAUCUACUCAAAUCAAAGCUGAAAACAUGA